ACCUGACCAGAUUCCUGAUGUCAGAUCCCGGGAUCCCUACCAGAACAGAGUGGGAACCAACAGGUUUGAUGGCAUAGACUUCACUGUGGUAGUGCACCCUGCCAUUCUGGUGGAUGACCUCUUGGGCCAAAUGCCCAGGUGUCAGCUGCCACGGUCAUCCUACAAAAAACGGUCAGGAAUCACUCGGCCCCAGUGAAGACAGUUGCCAUCUCGGUGGGACCUCCAAAUUGUCAAAAUCAGACUCAGGACUCGCAUUUUGUCAGACCACUCUGUUUUAUUAGCACAGCGCUCUGCUAAUAACACCCAGAUAAUGUGAGCACCAUGCAAAACACAAACUAUCUUAUUUAUACAGAUAAAAGGGCGUGAACUUAACAAGAUAACAAAGGAAGCAGAAUCUGAUAAGUUUACCAGGUUUAGACAUGCAUAGUUAAUUUCCUUACUAACUUUUACCAAUCUCCGGUUAAUGUUUCACCAGUAGCUUAAGUGGGCUCAUUGUUUAUGCCUUAAUGUUUCUUUUCCUGACACCUGUAUUUCAACAUUUAUUUCUGCUUAAAGGUACAUACAGCACUUCUUUAAUCCAGUCUUAUUUUUACAAUAUAAUUCUUUCUACUUUCACACCUGGCCCUUCUCUCAUGAACAGAGAGCAACAAUCCCCGAAGCGUGAAGGCUAUUCAGGUUCCACACCGGACUUAAUCCACCGGAUCGAGCUAGGGGAGGCAGAGCUCUGGAUCCAGGAUGCCGAGGCCUCCAGGGUAAACUCUGGGCCUGAGAGCACCCCUUCAGCAGGGCACAGGAACCUGGGAGGAACAAGGGCACGGGCUGAAUGUGGGGAGAGCGUGGCAGGAAAGCCGUUUCCCACAUCCCACAGAGGGAUCCAUGCACAGGACUCAGUCCAUCCCCAGGGUAAACUCAGCCAGAGACCGGAUCUGGCCACACACCAGAGACUCCCUGUGGGCCGGCGUCUCCACAGCUGCAUCGACUGCGGCAAGAGGUUCAGCAACCCCUCUGCGCUGAUCCAACACCGACACAUGCAUAUUGGGGAGAGGCCAUACCGCUGUGCUGCCUGUGGCAGGAGCUUCAGACAGUCCUCAGUCCUGAGAAUACACCAGCUUAUGCACACCAGGGAGCGGCCACACCACUGCUCUGACUGUGGCAAGAGCUUUGCACAGAGCUCAAGCCUCAGCAGACACCAGCGCACGCACACCGGGGAGCGGCCGCACUGCUGUGCUGACUGUGGCAAGGGCUUUACACAGAUUUCACACAUGAAAAUCCACCAGCGCACACACACCGGGGAGCGGCCGCAUCGCUGUCCUGACUGUGGCAAGCGCUUUGCACACAGCUCAAGCCUGAGAAGUCACCAGCGCGCACACACCGGGGAGCGGCCGCACUGCUGUGCUGACUGUGGCAAGAGCUUUGCACAGCUCGCACACCUGAGUGUCCAUCAGCGCACACACACCGGGGAGAGGCCACACCGCUGUCCUAACUGUGGCAAGAGCUUUGGACAGAGCUCAGUCCUGAGAAGACACCAGCUCACACACACCGGGGAGCGUCCGCACCGCUGUGCUGACUGUGGCAAGAGCUUUGCACAGAGCUCAAGCCUGAGAAAACACCAGCGCACACACACCGGGGAGCAGCCGCAUCACUGUGCUGACUGCGGCAAGAGCUUUGCACACAGCUCGAUCCUGAGAAGACACCAGCUCACACACACCGGGGAGCGGCCGUACCACUGUGCUGAUUGUGGCAAGUGCUUUAUACAGAGCUCAAUCCUGAGAAGACACCAGCGCACGCACACCGGGGAGCGGCCACACCUCUGUGCUGACUGCGGCAAGAGCUUUGGACAGAUCGCACACCUGAGAGUCCAUCAGCGCACACACACCGGGGAGCGGCCACAUCGCUGUGCUGACUGCGGCAAGUGCUUUAUACAGCUUUCACACCUGAGAGUCCAUCAGCGUACGCACACCGUGGAGGGGCCACACCGUUGUGCUGACUGUGGCAAGUGCUUUACUAGGUUGGCCAACCUCAUCCAGCACCAAAUCACGCACACCAGUGCCCCUCUGCCAACGCCAGGGCCAAAGGGGCUUCUGGCAGCCAGUGGGCCUGGCACAGCGCCAGCACAUGUGGACCAGGGAGUGUUCCUGUUCCCAUGAUGCCUGACAGAGAGACUGUGUGGGGCAGGGAAGGGGACUUGGCUGAGUAAUGUGGGGAAGAGCAAACAGCUGUGGGAAUUUAGAGCAGAUGGUCACAGCCUACUCCAUUUGGGAGCACCCCCACUCCUUGUAGGUGAGAUCCAGCCAGGCCUUUCUCUUUCUGUCGCACACUCACGCAUCUGGCUGGGAUGCAGCCAGGACACCCCCCACCCCGCUCUAGGUGGGACCCAACCAGGAACUUCCCCACAUACCUACCUCAGUUCCAGCCAGUGGGUGACUCCUUGGUAACAUCUAGAGGUGGGAUUUGCAGUCCUGUCUCAGCAUGGAUUGGGCUGAGAGCAGGACAGCCUGGUGCAUGUGAUUGAAAGAUGAUGCAGGAACCGCUUCUGCCAUAUUUUUAAAUACAAAUGUGAUUUAAGAAGAAUUAUGUACUUAAUGUGUUACAAAGGUCUGUCUAACCAGGGUGGAUUUGAUUUAAAUCAAUUUGAUUUAAAUCAUGAUUAAAUCACUAGUCGGAUAGAUGUAGAUUUCAUUUUUAGAAGGUUACACACUACACAUUUUUAAGUAAUUUAUUUUGAAAACUUUUCAGAUUAGUUUUACAGCUAUAUCAGAAAAUGAAUGAUUGUUUAUUUCAUUUACCAAAGGUAAUUGAAGCAGAUAUUUAUGAAAUCACUGGGAGGUGAACUAUCUCCAAUUCAACAGGUUAAUCAUUAAUAUUUGGAGGAUUUUCUUGCCAUGCUGUAUUAGGAGGAGAACAUCACCAGACAGACAUUUAAAUUGUUUUAUUUAACUAAAGCAACGACGUCAUG